AGGAACCAAGUCCAACUCCAAGUUAGCAGACGCUUCCACUACUUUUCACAAUGUCAUCGACUCCAACUGCCGAACCCUCCGUAACUCAACUACUAAACUCACCGUCCACUCUCAACGGUCACGAUUCAACCGAUCUACCCCAACCGCCCCAGGACCCCGCAACCCAACCGCCAGACGACGCCGUUUCCGGCGACAAACGCAAGCGAGAGGAAAACGACGACGUCCCCAACCCUUCCGCCGCGCCCCCUCUAUGGAAGACCAGCCUCUGCUCCUUCUUCAGGCGCGAGGCCAAAACCUGUGGCCACGGAAGCGAGUGCCGCUACGCGCACGGCGAGGCGGAACUCCGUCCCCGACCCGACAACACGUGGGACCCGACAUCCGAGCGCGCCAAGAAGCAGAAGUUGGAGGAGGAGAUUGAGGAGUGCAUGGCUUUGGACAAUGUGAUGAUGACGGAGGCCGUCGAUGACGACGGAGACGGCGGCAGCGAUGCUGGGGGUUUGGAUCCUGAGCUGAGCAAGUGCCUGGUGCAUCUGCCGAGGAAUUGGAAAUCCGAGAAAUUGAAAGAAUUUCUCAGUGAGAAGGGAAUCGAAUUUAAGUCGGCGAAGAAGAAGAAAGGCAUGGCUUUAGGGUUUGUGAGUUUUGAGAACGCAGAGCAGUUACAAACUGCUGUGAAGGUAUCCCCUGACUUGAAUAUCAACAAAGUUAUGAAGGUUGCGGACGUCAUUCCCAGAUCAUUUGAGAAGAGAACUAAAUCGAUAUUGGCACCUCGAAUCCCAGGUGUUGGAUUAGAUGGGGAGAAUGUGGAUGACUCUAUGAUGGCAAACGGUUCUGAGGAUGGUGAUGGGACUACUGGACGAAGUGCCCGUAAAGUCGUGACUCCUCUUGCUCAUAUGUCUUAUGAUGAUCAAUUGGAGCAUAAAAAGAGCUCUCUUAUGCAGAUUCUCAAAAGACUUACGAGGAACACUCAUAAAGCUUGUCCUGAUGGUAUUCCACUUCCAGAGUGGAUUGUCAAGUCUAGGGAGUUAGGUGGUCUUCCAUGCAGUUUAGACGGUAUACUAGCAUCCCCAGUUGUAAAAGGAUAUCGCAACAAGUGUGAGUUUUCAGUUGGGUAUUCUCUACAGGGAAAAGUAACUGUGGGGUUUAUGCUUGGAAACUUUAGGGAUGGUGUUACAGCAGUUGAAGAACCUUUUGACUGCCCAAAUGUUUCCAGAAUUUGUUCCGAAUACGCUUCAAUAUUUCAAGAAUUUCUGCAACAUUCGAGUUUACCGAUUUGGAACAGAUUUAAGAAUAUUGGAUUCUGGCGUCAAUUGACGGUUCGAGAAGGGAGGAGGCCAGGCAUUGCUACUGAUUCUGAACAUUGUGAGGCCAAUAUUGUGGAGGUCAUGCUGAUUGUUCAGGUUUCCAGUAGUGGAUUUGAUGAUGCACAGAUAACUAGUGAAUACGAGAGGUGGGCCCAAGCUUUUGCUGCAGGAGCUGCUGCUAGCUCUCCAGCUUUGCCACUAACGUUUUUAGUUAUUCAGGAUCACCAAGGAAUAUCAAAUGCAGCGCCAGCUGAUGCUCCACUGCACUCAUUAUCUAUUCCUAAAGCAGAAGGUGGUUCCGAAAAGCAGGCCGCCGACAGUGUUGUAGAACCAAAAAUUCAUGACUAUAUAAACAAUCUUAAGUUCUGUAUAUCUCCAACCGCCUUUUUCCAGGUUAAUACCCCUGCUGCAGAGAAGCUAUACUCGCUUGCAGGGGAUUGGGCUCAGUUGGGUCCUGAUACCUUGCUAUUUGACGUAUGUUGUGGGACUGGAACAAUUGGGCUGACUUUAGCACACCGUGUUGGUAUGGUUGUUGGCAUUGAAAUGAAUGCAUCUGCGGUUUCAGAUGCUCGUAGGAAUGCUGAAAUUAAUGACAUAAAGAACUGUAGAUGUGUCUGUGCGAAGGCAGAGGAUGUGAUGCGGUCUUUGUUGGAAGAGUACACAACUGCAUCUCAGAAACAAGAUGAUCUCGUCUCUGAAGGUAGUGACAAAGUUAUAGUUACUGAGGACGAGAAAGCAAUCUCAAUGGACAACAAACCCAACCCUGAGGAGAGUUCAAGCCAUGAGCUUGAAAAUGGAAACACUGCAUCUGAGGGUUUAGAAAUCGACAAGCAGGAAGUGAGAAGCCAACCUCAGAGCAGUUGCACUUCUGAAAAGGGGAAAACUCCAGUCGAAUGUUUCAGUAAUGUUGUUGCUAUUGUUGAUCCUCCAAGAAACGGACUUCACCCCACUGUGAUCAAAGCACUGAGGACUCAUGCUGAUCUACGGAAGCUUGUGUACAUUUCCUGCAAUCCUGAAACCUUGGUGGCAAAUGCGAUCGAGCUUUGCACACCAUCUCCUGAGAAAAUAGACAAGAACAAGAACAGAGCAUGGAGAAACAUGGGUAGUGCUGGCCUAGCACGGCACAGGGCCAAGUCUAUGCCUGCUUCAGAGCCUUUCCGACCGGUAAAAGCAAUGGCUGUUGACAUUUUCCCACAUACCGUACACUGUGAAUUAGUAAUGCUCCUUGAGAGGUAGGCAGGCUCCAGUCAGUCUGGGAAAUUUCGUUAUGUGCAUGCAGCUGAUCACACCAAUCUGAAUGCUUCAACAAAUAAUUUAUUUCGUUUACUAACAAAUUUUGACAGUAAAUUCUACAGAGUUUACAAUUAGCAUCUCUACCAGUUUUGUAGGAUCGAUGUAUUUGAAUUCUCGAACCAUCAAUUUGGUCCCAAAGUGCUGAUUCAUUUUCGCAUGUUAUGGGAUCCCAUGUGUCGUUGAUUUUGGUGACAUUCGUAUGAUCGCGUCAUACAUUUGCUCGAUAUACUCUUUUCACGAGUGUA